GCCCCUCCCUCCGGCGCGGCCGCUCUGGCCCUUCGUCUCGCUGAUCCGGGCCCGGGAUUCCGCCUCCGUCCCGAGGAGCGGGCGCUAGCGGCCCCCCUCCCCGCUGACCCCCCGCCCGCCAUGGCGGCCCCCCCGGCGCUGCUGGCGCUGGCGCUGGCGCUGAGCGGGGUGCGGGGGGCCGCCGGCGGCGACUGCAAGGGGCAGCGGCGGGUGCUGCGGGGACCCUCCGGCUUCGUCACCGACGGCCCCGGCAACUACUCGGUCAACGGCAACUGCGAGUGGCUGGUGGAAGCCCCCAGCCCGCGGCACCGCGUGCUGCUGACGUUCACGUUCAUGGACACGGAGUGCGCCUACGACUACCUGUUCGUGUACGACGGGGACUCCCCCCGCAGCCCCCUCCUCGCCAGCCUCAGCGGCAGCACGCUGCCCGCGCCCCUCGAGGCCACCUCGGGCAAGAUGCUGCUGCACCUCUUCAGCGACGCCAACUACAACCUGCUGGGCUUCAACGCGACCUACAGCGUGUCGCUGUGCCCGCGGGGCUGCGGCCUCGGCCGGGGGGGCUGCGACCCCCGGGGGCGCUGCCACUGCCCGCCCGCCUGGGGGGGCCCCGACUGCGCCCGCCCCCACUGCGCCACCUACUGCCAGCCCCACGGCGGCGCCUGCCACCCGGUCACGGGGCGCUGCGAGUGCCGGCCGGGCUUCGUGGGGCGCGCGUGCGACCUGGCGCUGGGGGAGAACCGGGGGGGCGGCCGCUGGUACAACGUCAGCGAGGGGGACCCCGACUUCGCGCCCCGCACCGCCGCCGCCGGCGUCCUGCCCCGCGCCGGGGCCCUCUACGUCUUCGGGGGGCUGGACCUCAACCGGGCGCUGGGCGACCUCGUGCUCUACAACUUCACCACGAACCGCUGGUCGCGGCUGGAGCUGACCCCGGCCCCGGCCCCCCGGCACUCGCACGUGGCCGUGUGCUGGCGCGAGGCCCUGGUGCUGAGCGGGGGGGAGCUGGAAGGGGGGGCGCUGGCCCGCGACGUCUGGCUCUUCGACCCCUUCCGGGGGGGCUGGCGGGAGCUGCACCCCCAAAACGGCACCCGGCCCCCCGGCCUGGCCGCCCACGCCGCCGCCCUCGUCGACGACUGGCUCUACAUCUUCGGAGGCCGCACGGCCGAGGACGUUUUCUCGUCCCAGCUCUUCCGCUUCCACCUGGAGACGCGGGUGGAGCGGGUGGUCCCGUGGGGCGGGAAGCCCCCCGCCGCCGCCGGCCACUCCAUGGUCUUCCACCCCCCCUCCCGCACCCUCCUCGUCUACGGGGGGCACCGGCCCUCCACCGCUCGGUUCAGCAUGCGGGUGAACACGACCGACCUCUUCCACGUGGAGCUGCGGCACUGGACGACGCUGCGGGCUCGGGACGGCGGCCGCGGCCCCCGCGAGCGCGCCUUCCACUCCGCCACCGUCAUCGGCGACUACAUGGUGGUCUACGGGGGGAACGUGCACAUCCACUACCACGAGGAGAAGUGCUACGAGGACGAGAUCUUCUUCUACCACCUCGGCUGCCACCAGUGGGUGCCCAGCGCCGAGCUGGCCCACGGGCUGCCCCACGACCAGGGGUCCCGGGGGUCCCCGGGGCAGGGCCGCUACGCCCACGUGGCCGCGGUGCUGCGGGGCAGCGUGCUGCUGGUGGCGGGGGGCUUCAGCGGGGUCCCCCGCGGCGACCUCCUGGCCUACAAGGUGCCGGCCUUCGUCUUCCAGGUGCCGGCCCAGAACUACCACCUGGACUACUGCUCGCUCUACGGGGAGAGGGGCACCUGCACCAAGGACCCCCAGUGCGCCUGGUGCCUCGGGGGGUGCCAGAGCCCCGCGCCCCCCACCAACUGCCCCAGCACCGGCUGCCUGGGCCUGGCCCGGCUGCUGGUGGACUGCGAGUCCUGCCUGGCGUUUGGGGGGGCCGGGGGGGGGCCCCCCCGCGCCCCCGGCCCCCUCGGCUGGUGCGUGCAGAACGACACCUGCAUGCCCGUGGCGGAGCAGAGCCGGUGCCGUGUGGGGCAGAUCUCGGGGACCUACGGGUGGUGGGGCCCGCGCCCCGCCUUCGUGACGGCGCUGCAGCACUGCCGCACCGCCAACUUCCUCCCCGGGCUGCACCUCGUCACCUACCAGCAGCCCCGCAACGACUCCCAGCCCGACAAGGUCUCCAUCGUCCGCAGCACCACCAUCACGCUCAGCCCCAGCGGCGACACCGACGUCUCCCUCGUGUACCGGGGGUUCAUCUACCCGCUGCUGGGACCCCCGCCCGCCCCCGGCCCGGACCCCGGCCCCAGCGUCUGGGCGCGCAUCCAGCGCCUCUACGUCGUCGCCCGCCUCGGGCGGCACCCCAACUCCCCUGAGCUGGAGGAGGUGGGGCGCUGGUCGGUGCAGCAGGAGCGGGAGACGCGCCCCCUGCAACGCCCCCGCCCCGAGCGGCUCUUCCGGGCGCCCGAGAGGGGCAACAAGUACGCGGUGCAGGUCGAGGGGCACAUCAACAGCUCGGGCAGCGGCCAGAGCAGCGAGCUCACCCUCGUCUGGGACCGCACCGGCGUCCCGGGGGGCAGCGAGAUCUCCUUCUUCUUCCUGGAGCCGUUCCGCUCCCCGCCGGGGCGCUGCCCCUCGUACCCCUCGUGCCUGGCCUGCCUGGCCGACCAGGGGUGCGGGUGGUGCCCCCCCAGCGCCUCCUGCCACGGCCGCCUGCACCCCCCGGGGGGGCUCUGCGGGGGCGACGGCGGCGGCCCCCGCCUCGUCCUGGCCCCCGCCAACUGCGUCCUGUGCGAGGACCACCGGGACUGCCACGCCUGCGCCGCUGACCCCUUCUGCGAGUGGCAGGUUCACAGCAGCAAAAAGGGCGACUUCGUGUGCAGCCGUCGGGGGCGGCAGGCGGGGGCCAUCCGCGACCCCCAGCACUGCCCCAGCCUCUGCAGCCAGCGCCGCUCCUGCGCCGCCUGCCUCUCCGACUCCAGCCAGUGCGCCUGGUGCCAGUCCACCCGCAGCUGCUUCUUCUUCGCCGCCUACUUGGCCAAGUACCCGUACGGCGACUGCCGGGGCUGGUACGACAGCGUGCACUCGGUGCCGCAGUGCCUCGACUGCUCCCGCUUCAACACGUGCCGCGAGUGUCUGCAGAACCUCGAGUGCGGCUGGUGCGGCGACGCCGACAACCCCACGCUGGGACGGUGCCUGGAGGGGGACUUCUCGGGGGUGCGGGGUUACCCCAACUGCUCGGUGGCGCUGGGGGAGCCGGGGGGGCUGCGCCCCGGGCGGGGGGCUGCCUGGGCCUACGGGCAGUGCCCCGACGUGGACGAGUGCCGCCUGGGCAUGGCCGCCUGCCACCCCUUCGCCGCCUGCCACAACACCCCCCAGGCCUUCGAGUGCCGCUGCCGGCGCGGCUACGCCGGGGACGGCGUCACCCACUGCAACCGCACGUGCUACGAGGACUGCGGCCACGGCUACUGCAGCGGGGCCCCCAACUUCACCUGCAUCUGCCACCUGGGCUGGACCUCGCCCCCGGGGGGCGCGGGGGGCGCCGGGGGGGGCGCCGGGGGGGGCGCCGGGGGGGGCAGCGCGGCCCCCCUCUGCUCCGUGGACUGCGGCUGCCACUUCCACAGCACCUGCGAGACGGCCGGGCCCGGCGUCUGCGACCGCUGCCAGAACUGGACGCAGGGCGAGCGGUGCCAGCUGUGCCGGCCCGGCAGCUUCGGGGACGCGGCGGGGGCGGGGGGCUGCCGGCAGUGCCAGUGCCACGGCCACGGGCGGCCCGAGCGCGGCCACUGCCACGCCGCCACCGGCGCCUGCUUCUGCGCCCCCCCCACCGAGGGGCCGCGCUGCGAGCGCUGCGCCCCCGGACACUUCGGGGACCCCCGGGACGGGGGCACGUGCUACCGGGAGUGCGGGGGCCGCUCGCUGGUGGCCAACCUCUCCGAGCCCCUGGCCCUGGGGUCCCGGCUGGCCGCGGGGGUCCCGGCGCCCGCGGGGGGCCUCUCGUACUGCGUGUGGGUGCUGUCGGCCACGGGGAGCCUGGAGCCCUGCCCCCCCGGGGACCCCUGCCCCACCAUCAGCCUGACCCUGCAGCCCGACCUGAGCACCCCCUGCAUGACCAGCUACGCCUACGCCUUUGACGGGGUGCCGGCCUUCCUCGACAGCGGGGUGCUGCAGGGGGACCCCACGCUGCUGGGGGCCUUCUGCGGGCGCGGCCGCCCCGAGCCCCUCACCCUGGAGGCCCACUCCGGGGUGCUGGUGCUGUACUACGAGGCCAACGGCAGCGAGCCGACGGGGUUCAACGCCAGCGUGGGGGUCCAGAGCUGCCGCCCCCCCUGCGCCGGGGGGCAGGAGUGCCGGGGGGGCCGCUGCGUCUGCCGGGGGGGGCACGGGGGGCCCGGCUGCCGCCAGCCCCUCUGCCCCGGGGACUGCGGGGCUCCCGCCGGGCACGGCGCCUGCAACGCGACCCUGGGGGUCUGCGUCUGCAGCGAGGGCUUCGCCGGCCCCGACUGCUCGGUGCCGCUGGGGCCGGGCAGCCUCGUCUGGGAGACCCUCGUCGACGGGCACCUGGCGGCCGACACGGCCAGCCGGUUCCUGCACCGCCUGGGCCACAGCCUGGUGGAGGGUCCGGAGGGGACGCUCUGGAUGUUCGGGGGGCUCUCGCUGUCCCAGGGGCUGCUGGGAAACGUCUACAGAUACUCCAUCGCCGAGCGCCGCUGGACGCAGAUGCUGGCGGGGGCGGAGGACGGGGGUCCCGGCCCCUCGCCCCGCUACUUCCACGCGGCCGCCCCGCUGCCCGCCCGCCGCGCCAUGCUGGUGCUGGGGGGGCUGACGGCGGCGGGGGUGGCCGGCGACGCCUGGCUGCUCAACCUCACCACGCUGCAGUGGCGCCAGGAGCAGGACGCGGCACUGCCGGCGGUGGCGGGGCACACGCUGACCCCCCGGCGCGGGACCUCGCUGCUGCUCAUCGGGGGCUACUCGCCCGAGAACGGCUUCAACAAGAAGCUGCUGCAGUAUCACGUCGAGACGGAGAGCUGGGAGGUGGGGCAGCAGGCCGGGACCCCCCCCACAGGUAACGGGGACCCCCAGCUCCUCGGGGCAGCGGGUACCGCCCCAGCACCCCGCAGCGAGGGGCUGGGACCCCCCAGUAAUGGGGCUGGGACCCCCAGCUCCUCGGGGCAGCGGGUACCGCCCCAGCACCCCGCAGCGAGGGGCUGGGACCCCUCA